UCGGUGUCGGCGGCCAUGACAGUGGGAAUCCUCCGACGUGCUUGUGUGACGCCGCGACGUGACCAACGGCCGUAAUGGGGCGGGGCUCGUAAACAGAGAAAUCUAAAUAAAGGAUCGUGCAGAAAUUUACUCCAAAGUAUCUCACUUUUUCUCGACAAAUAAAAGGUUAAUCUCGUGUGAUGCCGAUACGCCGAGUAGCAGCGACUCCAACCCAGGAGAAGGCCCCCUCCGCUGCAGCAGAGAAAGAGCCUGAGGCCUCAUCGGAGGAGUCACCCUCUGCCGACGAGGAGCAGGCGGCAUCUUCAGCUGCGACAGCCGAGAUGGAGGAGGGCGAAGCCGCGGGCGAGAAGGAGCCCACAGAGAAUGGAGAGAAGCCCAGUGAAGGGGCCGAGGCGGAGAAGGGAGGCAAGGGAACAGAGAAGAAAGAGUUGAAGGAUGGCUACAAGUACGAGAAAGCCAAAGUCAAGAAGGUGAAAAGGACGAUUCCUGCGUGGGCUAGCGUCACUGCCAGCAAAAAGCUUCCUGUUACCAACUUUGCAGGCACUCAGAACAAAGUGGAUAAUAUCCUCAUUGAAGCUAUUACGUCUUGUAAUGACAAGUCUGGGGUUUCGUACCAGUCUGUCAUGAAAUAUAUAGUGAAAAAAUACCCGGAGAUGGAGCUUGACAAGAAAAAGUUUCUCAUCAAGAAAGCAAUGAAGAAGCAAUUGGAGAAGGGCACCAUCAAACAGCUGAAGGGUAAAGGCCUUUCAGGAACCUUUGCCAUCGGGAAGCAGUCCACCUUGUCUAAGAAAUCUGCUCAGAAGCAGGAGUCUCUGGGAGAUGCUCUUCCUCUCAUCAUCACUCGGCUCUGUGAGCCCAAAGAGGCCUCCUACAAUCUGAUCAAGAAAUACUUGGAGCAGCACUUCCCCAGCCUCAACAUUGAGAACAGACCAGAGGUCCUAAAGGCAGCUUUAGUGAAGGCAGUAGAGAAAGGACAACUGGAGCAGAUCACUGGCAAAGGAGCCAGAGGGACUUUCCAGUUGAAGCGUACUGGGAACCAGGUCCUGCUGAAGGGCGGUGCCUUGGAGGACGCCAUCACAGCUGCCAUCACAGCCAUGAAUGAACCUAAAACCUGCAGUACCACCACUCUACGCAGAUACCUAGUAGACGCCAACAAGGACAGAAAAGAGUACCAAUUAGUGGCCAAUCUGAGGAGAACCUUGACAAAGUGUAAAGUACUCGGAUGGAUGGAGCAGAUCACUGGUCACGGCUUCACGGGGACCUACCAGCUCUCGUUCCCUUUCUACCCAAGCCCCACCAUCCUGUACCCAGACAAGUUCAAAGAGCUUCAGAAGCAAAACACUCCACCCAAGCGGAGGCGGACGGUCGACUCUUCUGAUGAGGAAGAGUCAGAGUCAGAAGAGGAGGAAGAGUCUGAGGACGAAGCUCCCUCCCGUAAGAGGAAAUCUCAAAAGAGGCCUCCACCUAAGGCUCGCCGUCCUCCACCGACCCAGAAAUCUCGAAGUGCUAGUCAGUCAAAACCUAAAGGCAGAGGACGUCCCCUCACAAAGAAGUCUCCGGCCAAGCCAGCGGUGUCUUCAGCCAAGAGAUCGCCAAAGAAACAGUCAGCCUCUAAGAAGGAAUCCACACCGCCAUCUAAAGCCACACCUGUCAAGAGAGGAGCUCCUGCAAGAAAGCCCAAAACACCUGCCGUUAAAAAGCUGAACAAAAGGGCGUCCAAGCGACCAGUGUCCAGAGAAUCAUCCCCUGAGGAGGCCGUAGUCACAAAGGAGACAACAAGGAGCGGGUCCAAGCGAUCUAAACCUGAAGAGUCGACCCCUGAUGCGCCUGUAGUUAAAAAGCCGGUGACCAAAGGUGGAUCCAGGCAUCCCGAGCCUGAAGAGUCGUCCACCGAGGAGCCUGUAGUCAAAAAAGGGGCAAAGAGCAGCAAGCAGUCCACUCGUAAGUCAAAGAGAGGGAAAUUCUGAGCCCAGAAAGCGCCUUCCACGGACUGGGCCGCUCUGAAUAUGCAGCAGUCUGCCGCUUUGUUUCAGUGCUCUCUCUCUUUUUAUCAUUGUUUUCUCCCUUUUUAAUGGGGCAGUAGUUUUUUUAUUUCUAUUGUAGAAUAAGAACGUUAUCUUAUCCUAACAUUAAGUUUACUGUACAUUGAGAGUUUCUGAAUUUCCUUUUAAUCACCAUGUUUAGAAAAGCUCAGUUAGCGUUGCCGUUACAACAGAUGUGUGACCAGCUGCCAGCUCGGGAAACCAUAGCAGGAUCCGACAUACUGUAACUAGAGCCAUGUAGUGACUUCUGUUUUUAUAUCUCUUCCUCAUCCACUCUGUAGGUGUUGGCAGCACACAUUCCUAAUAUCAAAUGAAGUGCGAUAUCAGUGUUUUCGGAGGGGUUGAAAAGAAUGUCCAUUUUAACUUAAAAUGUGGGUUGAAAAGUUUUAACAGUUACUAAUAUUAAUAUUUUUUAAAACACAGAUUUUAAGACUGUUGUCUUGUGUCCUGGACACAUUUUAUCAGUUAUCCAUAUGUGUCCUUAUAUCAUUUUAUUAUUAAUUAUUUGUUUAUUUAAAACAAACAAACAAAAGAUGCCCCCAGAAAGGAUUAGGCCUGCUGGUGCCAGGUUGAGGACUUAACAGAGGAUCAAACACUCGUUAGUAAUCUUUUCAAAACAAGUCACAUUGGGUAAAAAGUCUUUUUUUUUUUUUCAUGUGUGUGUAAACAAGCAUAUACAUAAAUUGAUUUUAUUGCUUCACAGCUGUAAUUCAGUACAAAUCUGUAAGAAAUGUGUGUUGUGAAUAAGAAAAAGGAGGAUAAUAGCUCAUACAUACCCUGCAUGCAUGUAUUCCUUGUGUUGUUAAGCUUUUUUUCCAAGUCAUUAAUAAAAUGGCUAUAUUUGUAAACUUUGCUCUUAAGUUAAUCAUUUGAGUGGAGAAAAUCUACAAUACAACCAGUUUGUGGUUAUCCUGAUUCUGCACAAAGCUACGCUUCCCAACUGUGGGGUGCUGGAACAACCGGGUGUCCUUCAAGGAAUUUUGAAAUGAUCCACUUGAGCGAUUCACCCGAUUUAACCGCCUCACUUCCCGGAAGCGCACUCGGUGCCAGUUUGUAAUGUAUGGGGGUUGUAUAG